UCUGAUUGGUUAAUGCAACGCCUCGAAGCAUUUCUAGCGUCUUCCCGACCGCAGCCUAAGAGAUUUCAACGUGAUGGAUAAGAUUUAGAAAUCUUGUACUGAAUAGCUGCUUAUAGAGAUUUGUUUAAACAAAAAAAAAAACACAAAAAACCACGUGCGCGUGAUUAUUAACAACAAUACGUAAGGAUGAAGCUUCACAAUAAAGCAAGCAAGCGCAUGCCAGCGCGGAAGAGAUAUAGAAUCGAGAAAAAAGUUCGCGAACAUAAUCGAAAAAUAAAGAAAGAGGCCAAACAUUCUAAAAAGAAAUCCAAGAUGAUGCAAGUACCAAAUCAGUGUCCUUUUAAAGAGGAUAUAUUAAAGGAAAUUGAAGCAAUGAGAAAACAACAACAGGAAGAAAAACAGAAACAGAAGGAGGCUGCACGUGGGAAAAAACGUGAACAACUUGCAAAGGGUGAUCUCAAAGUUUUGGUUAAUCAAGCUCAGAAUAAGCAAUUAGCGCAUGAAUCUAUGCAAAUAGAUUCUGCUCGAGAUCAAAUUAAAAAUGCUAUUACUAAGGAAGAAAACUCACUUAAAGCAUAUUAUAAGGAAUUCAAAAAGGUUCUGGAUGCAGCUGAUAUUAUUCUCGAAGUUAUGGAUGCUCGUGAUCCACUGGGAACACGAUGUAAAGAGGUAGAAAAAGCAGUUAUAUCUGCAAAUAAAAGAUUGGUACUAGUCUUGAACAAAGCAGAUUUGAUUCCUAGAGAAAAUUUAGACCAAUGGUUAAAAUAUUUGAGAGUUAGUUUACCAGCUGUGGCAUUUAAAUCGUCCACACAGAACCAAGCAAAUCGAUUAGGCAGGAGAAAAUUAGGAAAGAAAACAGAAUCUAUGAUACAAAGCAAUACAUGUUUUGGUGCAGAAUUACUCUUGUCAUUACUUGGAAAUUAUUGCAGAAACAGUAGCAAUGUAAAAACAAGUAUUACAGUUGGAGUUGUAGGUCUUCCAAAUGUAGGAAAAUCUAGCGUUAUUAAUUCCUUGAAACGCAGCAAAGCAUGUAAUGUGGGAAAUAUACCAGGAAUAACAAAAACGAUGCAAGUUGUUCAAUUAGAUUCUAAAAUUAAGCUGCUAGAUUCUCCCGGUAUAGUGUUUGCUACAUCAGAUGAAAAAUCUGAUGACAUGUCUGUAGCUCUAAAAAAUGCAGUAAAGAUUCAAGCAUUGAAAGACCCUUUCACACCGGCAACUGCAAUUUUAAAAAGAGUUUCACGACAACAGAUAAUGGAAUUAUAUAAUAUGCAAGAAUUUUCAACACCAGAUGAAUUUUUCGCGAUGAAAGCAGCAAGGAUGGGAAAAUAUAGGAAAGGUGGAGUACCUGACGGGCGUGCCGCUGCACGAAGUAUUCUUGAGGAUUGGAACUCCGGAAAAAUUAGAUAUUAUACAGUGCCACCUGAACAACCGAUAUGUCAUAUAUCUGCCGAGAUUGUCAGUCAAAUAGCUAAAGAAUUUGACAUUGAAAAUUUUGCCACGGAGGAAAAAAUGAUGCUUGACAAUUUUACGACAGAUUCCACAAAUAAUCCCACUAUCGCAGAUCCUGUAUUAAUUGACAGUUCGGGGCCUGUUACAGCGGCAAUGGAGAUCGAAAUCCAAAAAGAAUCGGAAUUUAAAGUGCAGAAAAAAUUAAAGAAAAAGUUGCAAGAUACAAAGAAAGAUGUAUCUGCUGAGAGAAAGAAGAAACCAGAUCCACUUUUUGAGAUUGAAGGCAAUCAAAAAUUGAAUAAGCUCAGAAAACUUAAAUUCAAGAAAGAAAAGAAAGAACGAGCAAAAAGAGAAAAAGCCACUGCUAAACUAGCGGGACAGCUUGAAGAUUUCAAAUUUACUACCGAUGAUUAUGAUUUCAAUACAGAUUUUGCAGCUACAUAGGAUAUUAUCAAUGUUUAUGCAUUAUAUAUUAUGAAUGUAUAUGUAUACACAUAUAUCUGUUAUAUGUGUUGUAUAAUGACGUAUGUAUGUGUAAUAUAUAUUCACACACUAUAAAAAAUAAAUAAUAAAGAUUAUUCUGUUAAA